AUGGCAUUGCAGAUUCAUGAUGCAGAGCUGUCUAUGUUGCUUCAUCGCCGUCCACUGCUCAGACACUCGACCUCAGAGAAGAGCCAGCAGCAAUCUUUACUUUCCUUUGAGGCCAAUACAGCGUCGAAAUGGGUAUCUGCUCACAGGCAGCACGUUGAACACGAUACGCUAGCACCCGAUAGCAAUAAUCACUUCUAUCAGGACAAUACCAUCAGAAACAAUCUCUUCCGCGCUUACGCCACUCUCGAGGGGUUGGGUGCAAUGAUGAUGGAUGAUCGACUGCACAACCGUCUGGACCAAGCCGCAUUUAGCGCGCAUCAGCAGUGUCUCCUCGAUUGGUACAAGUUGCAUGCUAGUUCCAUAUUGGAUCAGCACUCUGAUUAUCUCUGUCUCCGAGGGCUAUGGCAUGGGACGUAUCUGUACCUGUUGGCCGAUGUGGAUCAACUCGAAGUUGCCAUUGGGCGGGACGGACCAGAAGCGGCGCGAGAUGCGACAGCGGCUGUAACCAAAUGGGCAGCAACAACAGCCGCGUUGCGAUCUAUGCUGCAUGUCUUGUCCGCCCAGAGAUACUUUCAGUCGGUUCCCUUCAAGAACAUACCAGCAAUUCACGGGCCCAGGAUUCUCUUCACAGCAGCGGUCGCAUGGUAUUGUUUCACAAAAUACAGCCAUGUAAGAGACAUGUCUGUGGACAUGUCUGAAGCCAGUCUACCAGAGCUCAAAGCCUUUGGGUCCAACAUCGAUCAUUUUCGCCACGUGCUAGGAACAAGUAUGAGUCCACAUGCCACGCCAGCAACACAGACCAUGACUCUGUGUGACUUUGGUACUUUACUUCGUCGAAUGCCAGAAUGGGGCCUGGCAGGAAAAUUUGCGGCGAUCGUGGCCCGCUUAGUAGAUGGAGAUGCUUCAGAUUGCCGGCCGAGUACGCCCGAGCUUCAUGACUGA